CGUAGAGCGUAAAAUCUAUUUAACAGCAGCUACUGUUUUGUAUUUUACUCAACAAGUGAAAGUUUUGUUGGAUUUCAAGGGUGGCAGCAACGAUCGUCUACUGGAUCAAUUGCUUGACUUGAUCGACUCAGCCGAAGGUGGUCCAUCUAGAACAGUUCGGUCAACAAAAUUAGCUACGGUUGAUGGAUCUCAGCAAACCAAACAACAAACUAAACUAGAUCUAUAUCGAGGAAUAAUCGAAUCGAUCAGCGAAUCAGAAGAUAAAAAGAUCUCGAUGAAGGCAAAGUUCAUAGACUAUAUUCCUGAUAUUGCCCAGACUUUGUGUUCGAAUCUCCAGGAUCAUUUUGAUGAUGUUUGGUUUGCACUAAAUGUAAAAAGAAUGAAGGGGAAUGUGAGAUAUCCUCUGCGCGAAACUAUUCGUUUACCCAAGAACGAGAAUCAAACACAAAACGUAUUCUUCACUGGGAUUGCUUCGUAUAGCAUAGAAAUGUCAUCUAGCAUCGAUCACUUUUGCUUGGGCAGUUAUCGACUGCGAAAGGAUUUACUUAAGAAGGGAGCCGAACUGAUGGAUGCAGAUAUUUUCUAUGUAUUUCUUUUGGUUGUCGAUACGAGCGAAAAAGCGGAAAUAGCACGUUGGAAAACUGGACAGUUUAUUUGGAACAUAACCAAUCCGGCAAACGACAACGGCCUGCAAUACCAGUGUCAACUAUGGGAUGAUCAAACAAGCUGGAGUUCAACCUUCUGUGAGUCAACAAUGGACACCAAAACUAUAGCUUGCAACUGUUCUCGGCUCGAUUUCAUGAGAUUGGUAGCCAUUAAUUCGUCAACAAUAACCACCGAGACACCACGCACUACAUCAGAUGAAAAGAUUUCCCGAACCGUUCAAGUUACAACAACUGAGUUGGCUUCAACGAUCAGUAAUAUACUUGAGACCACAACCGAUACGGAUAUGCUUACAUUUGCUCCACUUUCUUCAACAACUUCCCUUCCAACAAUCGACGCUCCUGUCACAACUUCGUCCACACAACUCCCCACUACCACACAAACUCCUUCUUCAACAGAGGCCUUAGAAUCAACGACGGUAGCAACCACAACAACCACCACCCAACUACCCAAAAUCAACGCUACCAGAGCCCCCGGCAGCACCGCAGAGCUACCAACGAUUACACCAACCACGGAACAACUGAGCGAUCAAGGAAACUCAACACAAAAGCAUCAUCAUUUUACCAGUUCUGCUGGACCGCUCAGCUACUCGAUUAUGGCGGCCCUAGCCGUUUGUGUCCUGUUUACCGGGGUAGCGCUGGUCCUGUACAGACGACGCCGUCACACUACAACCCUGGCCGAGGAACUUCAAACCAUAACCGCACGCUUGAGAAGCAACUCAGCACCGGUGCGAUACGCCCGUUUCCAGGACGAACACAACAUGAUCGGUGACAAUGUGUCGACCAUCUCCGAUACGGUGACUAUUUGAACGCGUUUGCAGAAUUUGCUUGAAGUACUUAGAACGUAUACUCAUGUGAUUGAAAUUGUUAAAUAUUUUUGACGAAUUUUGUG